AUGUUUUCGAAAACAUAUUUAACUGGUGCAAGCAAUUCUGCCAAGAAAGCUAAGUCGCCGGUUGUAUAUUUGGAUAUACGGGUAGAUUCCCCAUAUAAAGAUAUCAUUAUUUUGCAAGGGUCACCAUUAGAGACAGAUCCAUAUAUUUUAAGUGGUAAGUUGGUGUUUUCCUUGAAUGAUGAUGUUGUAGUCAAGAAGGUUUCAUUAAAAUUUACAGGUGUUUUUAAAUUGGAAUUUAUGCAAUAUGGUCGUUUUAAAAAUGCCGGUAAAUUAGCUUCUGUAAUAAAGGAGAAAGAUAAGAUAUUUGAGGCUACGUUUGAUAAUUUAUUGAUUUCCCCCCAGGGGACAAUAACAAUAGGAUCAGACACAAGACACAACUCUAUGUAUAAUACUGAGGAACCUGGAAAUUCGACGUCAAAUUUUGAUGGUAUGGCAAGAACAAGUCCAAAUGUAUACACUAAUGACAAUGCUAGAGAUAGUACGCCAAAUUUGGAAUCAUCUGAUAAUGAUAGAAGUCAAGCGAGUAAAAGUAAAUAUUUAUCCUCUGGUCUAUCUAAAUUAAUUAAAAAGAGUUCAUUUUAUGGAGCUAAUGUAUUAGAACUUCCUAUCAGUGGUACCAGUGGAACUCCAUACGCUCAUAUGCGGGAAGAGUUGAAUUCAAUGUCGUCUUCUACACAGAUUCAAUUUCAAUUGCAAAAGGGAAACUAUGAACUUCCCUUUAAAGUCAUGCUUCCUCGUGAAAUACCCGAAACAAUAGAAGGACUACAAAGUGCUAGUAUAUUAUAUAACUUUGAAGCCCAUAUCGAAAGAGCCAGAAAAGCUAAGGGUUUUACUUCCAUAAUACGAGAUGACAACGAUAAUUAUUUAAAUGAGAACUUAAGUUUGGCAAUGACAGGAACCAGCUCAAAUAUGUCCUUUUAUACCUACAAAUGUUUCAAAUAUAUGAGGAUAUUUCGGACGUUGAGUUUUGAUAAUCUUGCGAUUCAAGAGGAAAUGAAGGUCGGAAACACAUGGGCUAAUAAAUUACAGUAUGAGGUUAGUAUUCCGAGUAGAGCCAUUCCCAUUGGCGGGUAUACCCCGAUCAGCAUUAAGAUAUUCCCCUUCCAAAAGAAUUAUAAGCUUGAAAAGAUCACUGCUACGCUUGUUCAAUUCUAUUCGAUGAAAGAUUGCAGUAAUACAUUUUAUGAUGACAGUGUAAAUACUUUUAAACAGUCUAUGACCGAUUUCGAUGGAUUUGUAACCAUCAAUGAAAGAACCGGGACAUUAAUUGAGAAAGUUGAAAUAGAUUCAAUGAUAAAAAUACCAGACGAUUUAAAAAAAUUAACCCAGGAUUGCGACAUCGUGAAUGAACUUGUUCAAGUACGACACAAAUUGACCAUCCAGAUAUUUAUGAAAAGAAUUGCCGAAAACGGCGAGCAAAAGACAUUAGAAAUAAAAGCAAACCUUCCCGUACUGCUGUAUGUUUCGCCACAGUUUGGUAUUAAAGGUAGAUACGUGAUAUUAGAUAAGAUUGAAGGAAAUAUCCACUUCAGAUCCGGGAAAUUUGUUAAUUUAUUCAAUGAUGGCAGUGCUAAUGAUAUAAGUGGCAUGACGGCAGCAGCUGUCAACAAUUCAAAUCCCUUGUUUGUCGAUAACGCAGCACCUCCAAAUUACCGCGACAGAACAAAAGAUAAAUUAAUUCAUUAUAAUACUUCAACUUCGACUGGGAUGGGAAGCGUGUUGGAAACCCAAACGGCGGACACAAAUGCAGCUGCGCCGGAUGACGAAACGAGCAACGAACCCAGAAGCACUGUGAAGGAGGAAACUCGUGAGAAUAAUCGGAUUAUUCCGCUAAGUGCCGUGCCGACAUAUGAACAGACUAUGAAUGAGACAACGGUAAACGCAAGCACAGGCAGCAUGACAAUUACUACAAUAACCACUACGCCGGGUGCGAUCCAUGGAAAUGUACAUCCAACGACAACGACAACGAGAGUGAUGGAUAACACAAGCAAUAGUGCACACGCGUCUACGACUACUGAAUCGAACGCAAUUUACAUGGUGCCCUCGCAUGAAUUAGCCCCGAGAUAUUACUAG